GCAGCUGCAGUAAGUUCCACCGCAGCUAGAGCUCCGGAUGGUCAACUAGACGGGCAGCUCGGCAGUUCCGUGGACUUCAGCCGCAGCGUUCCGCUCGCCGGGUGUCUCGCCGCAGCCUCCGGAGAGGAGACCGAUCCUCACUUCUCAGAGAAAUGUCCGAUCCAGCUCAGCCGCCCACUGAAGGGGCAGAAGGGACUGCCCCAGGUGGGGGUCCCCCUGGCCCUCCUCCUAAUACGACCAGCAACAGACGACUACAGCAAACCCAGGCACAAGUAGAGGAGGUGGUGGACAUCAUGCGUGUAAAUGUGGACAAGGUCUUGAAGAGGGACGAGAUACUGUCAGAGCUAGAUGACCGAGCUGAUGCCUUGCAGAUGGGAGCGUCACAAUUUGAGAGCAGUGCUGCCAAGCUAAAGAGGAAGUAUUGGUGGAAAAACUGCAAGAUGAUGAUCAUGCUGGGGGCUAUCUGUGCCAUCAUCGUGGUAGUUAUUGCAAUCUACUUUUUUACUUGAGAAUGUGCCACCCCUUCCCUGUUCUCCAUUGCCAUCCAAACUCAUGUUCCUCUCCUUGUUUGCUCUCUCAACCAACUUCCCCAUCUACCUUCCUCCACCCCAGCCCAGGUUUCUCCAUCGCUCAUUCCUCCUUUUCUGUUGCUUUCACUUGCACUAUGUCCCUCAACACUCGAAAUGCUGCUCCUGGCGCAAUUUGAAGCAACUAUCUGAAGAGCAACAGCCGGCACCUCCUCCCUACCUGCUUCUUAUAAAAUCGCAAAUUCCUCCAAAGCCAAAAAGAGCUGGAGGCCAAGGGAAGGGGACGGGCGAAGCUGUAGUGACAUGCCCACCAAAGUGUCAAGAUUCGGGGAGGAGAAGGGUAUCCGUGCCCAUGGUGCCUCCAGGAAAGCCAGGCCGCUGGCAGGAGGAGGCCGGGAACACCUGCGAAAAUGGUGGCUCACUCAGGGCUGCCCUGGUCCCUUGGAGCUCUUCUCUUAUGCCAGGCCUGAAGAGGAUCCUGGGUGGGCACAAAGUCCAACUCGGUCCUGGUGCAAUACCCUCUUAGAUAGCGAAACCUGUUUUUUGCAGUUAUUUCUAAUCUGUUAGUCCAAGAUUUUCUAUGUCUUCAGGGAUCUUACAGCCUUUUACUUUGUUCUCCAGCGACCUGGAGAACGCACAUUAAUUGUGAAAAUACCAGAAUUCUCAUUGCCAUCCUAGAAGCAGUCCCACAAGUUCGUAACUGGAAGGGGCUGACCCUUGUCCACAUUUUCUGCAGCAUUCUGUACUGUUCAUGAGAGUACCAAGUAAUGUCAUAUAGCCAAAGUUUGGGACUCUUGAUUCGUUUUCAUUGUCGGCAUAAAGAGAGAGUGUGUAUUAGUUAGAGAGAAACAGUGAAUAAAGGGCCUAAUUUGAAAAUAAGCUCAGAGGAAGCCACUUCUUGCCCUCUCGUUAAGGAGGGUCCUGUUCCUCCCUUCCUGUUGAUUAAGGAGUGUGAGGGGUCCUUGGACUUUCAGGGACUUCCUCUACACCACUCCUGUGUACUUGCCAAAGACAGGGAUGAGGCAAGAUGGCCUUCCGAAGGCCUGGCCGAUUCUGAAUAUUUAGAGAAGCCCAGUAUACCCACCGACUCAGUCUUGGGGUAGGAGGCAGACAAUGUAGACAGUUUGUGCUAUCAUGGGGCCCUUUCACCUAGAGCCACCUGUCUGUUCUUCCUGCGUUGUACUCCCCUUCUAAACCACGUGUACCCAUCUGAAUUCCACUUUGCCUCCUUUCCUUUUCUCUUUGCAUGGCUUGUGGGUACAGACAGUGGAAUCUAAGGAUGGGAGCUACUCAGCCUGUGCGGGGGCCACUGCUGGGCUUCAGGAUAGGGUCUUGGGUGGGGUAGACCCAGUUGUGAGGGGAGGCCGGCAGGCUGGGAACAGAGGGGAAACGCCCAUGCUCUUGUGUUCCUUCUGUCCUCUGGUCCACAAGCAGGAAGAGGCUGGGCUGGGUCUGGAUGCUCACUUUCCAUGCAGCAGCAUUUCAUUGCACAAAACCAUCCUUCCUCCCCCUUUGCCCCUGUUCCCCACAUUCCCUUUGUCCUGCCCCAGGGUGGGACUGAAGAGCUGGAAGAAAGCAGUCAGUGUACCCUCCCAGCGGUUCCCCCCGAAGGUCUCCACUCUCCUCUGGGCUCCUCCUUGCCUAAUGCAGGGGGUCACCGCUGGAGAAGAACCACCACUGUCCUCGAUGUGUCCCAAGCCUGGAGCAAAUUCGCCCUCUUAGCCCACCCACCCGUGUCACAGGAAUUAUUUCCUGGGUUUCUGUCCCUCCGAGGCUCACCAGAUAUAGUUGGCUUUGUUCUUUUGGAGAUUUCAGCCCUUCUACUUUCUUUCUCAUCCCACUGUGUACCCUCUUUUGUGUCUUUGCUGUCCCCUUUCCCUCCUACCCCCCAUGUGCAUGAGCAAAUAUGCAACUAAACCCUGGGACUUUGCAGUCAAAUGAAGCCGAGCUUCCCACAUCCCCUUCAGUUUGCCAUGAGACGAUGUGGGGUUUCCACUGUGUGUCUGUCAUCACCUCUUUGUCUUUUUUCCUAACCUCAGUCUCAUACUUGUAUAGAAUAACAACUGUACUUCACCAAAGGCAUGUGGCUUGUUUACCAAUUUCAUGUAUUCUAAACAAAGGCGCAAAAAAUAUAAAUUCCUAACUACA